UUCAGGUUCAUGUACAUCCACCGAGAACAGACAACAUGUUUGCUGCUGGAGAGACGGUCUUCCUGAGCUGUGUGGCCCGAGGCUGUGCCGCUCCUGGCAGGAACUUUGCCCUUUAUCGGAAUGGGAUCAACUUGGGUCAGUCCAACAAGCUGUCAGCCAUCUAUAACUUUGACAGUCAGCAUGCAGGUACCUACACCUGCCGUCCAAUACCCCCUCAAAAUGUUCAGUCACCAGGAGUCACCCUGGCUCUUGGAUAUGCUCCUCGCUACACCACAGUACAAAUCACCCCUCGAGAGGCAGUCGGGGAGGGCGAUUCGGUGACUUUGACCUGCAGUAGUGAUGGAGCUCCGCCAGCAGAAAGUUUCACCUGGUUUAAAGAAGGAGAGAGUGGCAGUUUGCCAGACAGCUUUAAACCUGAGCUGAGGUUGUGGAGUUUGGACUACAGGGACCAUGGAGAAUACUUCUGUGUGGCCCGCAACCCACUCGGCACAGACCGGUCCAGACCGCUUUUACUCAAUGUUACAUACUCCCCAAAGAACACAAGAAUCCUCAUCAGUCCUAAAGGAGACAUCAGGGAAGGGUUUGCUGUCAAUCUGACCUGCAGCAGCAGCGCCAACCCUCCCGAGCAGAAAUAUGCCUGGUACAAAGUGAAUGGCGGUCAGCCCUGGACCAAAGGCACUGCGCAAAAUCUCACCUUUCCUAGCGUGCGUUCCCAUCAUGCCGGACAGUACUACUGCACUGCAUGGAACGUGUUUGGCAUGGAGACAUCGCCCACUAUUUCUCUUAUAGUACUUU